CUCACGUCAGGCACAGCCUUCCUAAGGUCGCUGGUACAGAGUGUUCACAGUCUGUUCAGUCCAUCUCGUUCUGACCUGUGUGUAACUGACUCGGUUAGGCCGUUAAAAGCUGCUGGACUAAGAAUAUUCCGUCUGAAUAAGUAACCGAAGACAUUAAUUAGGUUCAGACACCUUGUGAGGCCCGGCUUUGCGUUUUAGGUUAGCUCGCCGGCUAACCCGUUAAGCAGGCGGCUCCCAUACUAGGCUGUAAGUUACCGUUAGCUACCGCAGCUAAACGAGGAGCAGCCUGGACCAGAAACGCCGACCAGUGAGGGCAGGUUUCAGAGCUAAAGUGACAGGAGACAGAAACCAUGGGCUCCAGAGCGUCGUCGUUAUUGAGAGAGGAGGACAUCGAGGAGAUUAAGAAGGAGACUGGAUUUUCCCACAGUCAGAUCACUCGCCUCUACAGCCGAUUCCACAGCCUGGACAAAGGAGAAAACGGUGCUCUCAGCCGUGAAGACUUCCAGAGAAUUCCAGAGCUGGCCAUCAACCCUCUUGGUGAUCGGAUAAUCAAUGCCUUCUUCCCUGAGGGUGAGGAUCAGGUGAACUUCCGAGGUUUCAUGCGAACGUUAGCACACUUUCGGCCAGUGGAGGACAACGAAAAGAACAAAGACCCAAGUGCUGGGGAGCCCCUCAACAGCAGGAACAAUAAACUGCUCUUUGCUUUCCGCCUGUAUGACCUCGACAGAGAUGAUAAAAUCUCCAGAGAUGAGCUCCUCCAGGUGCUGCGGAUGAUGGUUGGCGUGAACAUUUCUGAUGAGCAGUUGGGUAGCAUUGCUGACAGGACCAUCCAAGAGGCAGACACUAAUGGAGACAUGUGCAUCUCAUUUAGCGAGUUCAUUAAGGUGCUGGAGAAGGUUGACGUUGAGCAGAAGAUGAGUAUCCGCUUCUUGCACUGAAGCAGCUCCCUGCCUACAACUGGACUGAACUCUGAUUGGAGGCCAUCCGUGGCAAUAUAAGCAAGACCACCUGGUCCCUCGCAUUUUGGGCUGCUCGUCCUUCUUCACUCCUUCUUUCGACAAUGUCUGCCGAUGUUACUUUCGUCAUUUAUUUUCGUUGUUUCUUUCAAAUCGCUUCUCAAACUGUUGAUCAUAGGGAAUAUUCAUGUGCUUUCGAUUGUUUUCAAACAGUCACUAUGACUAUUCCCUACAACGUUAAAAUCGUAUUUAUUCCGGACCGCUCCCUGUUCAGAUCCAAUUCUCUCGUUUCGUGCAAUACAGUGUAGAUAGAAUGGGCUUAGAUGGCAAUGACGAACAUUUUAAUAUGGGUUACUGUUGUGGAUUUCAGCAGGCAGAAAAUACCUCCGUCAAGGCCAAACCUUUCCCUUUAAAGAUAAGCGUGUCUUUAGUUCUGUGUCUUGUCUGUGUAAAAUGAAUCGUCAAAUAAAUAAAAAAAUAUAUAUAUUUAUUUUCCAACUUUCCCCCCGAACAAUAAAUGAACAAUGACCUGCAAACAUAUUUUAUAUCUCUGUUGUGCCCACAUAAGAUAGAGCUGCUUACCAGAGUAAUAGUGUCAUUCCAGUGUGCUCGAAUGCUUCCUUGUUUCCUUCUCUUAAUAUCAAUGUGGCAACUGAGGUCAUGAGAUAUAUUUGGGAUGUUUGCACAGUCCCUUCACAGCCCAACAAAGGUUUCACAGUGACCUUCAGCCAUGUACUUCUUCCUGUUGCCGCUGGAUAGAAGGAAAAGCGAGAUCAGUAAAGGAAGUUAUCUGAAGAUACUGAGACAAAGGUUGUUUGUUUUUAGACAUUAUUGAAACCUUCUUUGAAAUUCUAGCUGUUCUAGAGCAUUCCAACACUUUCUUGCUUGCUUUUGCCAUCUGUGGGUUCUCACCAAGUGCCAUGGUAUACUUUUUCCAUGGUUUUCUGCACAAACUAGGAGACUUUUGCAGCCAAAUUGAUGGUCUCUGUUAAAGUUGUUUUUUUUUUUUUUUCCCCACUCAGGUUAUAUUCAUGCUAUGUAAGCUAUAAUUAGUUGUAGUGAACUGAAUGCCAUUGGCAACCAAGUUUGAUGGCCUUCUGACUGUUCAGUUCAAGUGGCCAUUUGAGGCGACACCAAAUUAACCACUUUCUAUUUUCGCUUUUGGAGAAAAAAAUGAAGGUUUAACCUUCUAGACCUCGGCUGGUAACACUGUUAUUUCAGUUAUGCAGUCAGUGGCUGAUAGAAGAAGAAUGCCUCAGCUGAUCGCUGGCUAGCUUUGCCCGUGAAACCAGCUUUGCACCCAAUACUUUUAGUUAAAGUAUGCCCGCAGAUUACAUCCCAAGCCGAAGACAUUGUUUAUGUAAGAGUAAGCACUAUUGAUUCGUCUUUAAUUCUGUCACUGUGUAUUAAUCCAGGGUGCUUCGAAUGAAACUCAGCAGGGCUUGCUGUUUCUCUCUUUAUGUACAGGUCUGUAUAACGUAGUGGGCAGUGCGCCUGUAGCAGUAGUCGAUUGGUGUUGGUUGUGUGUGACGUCUCUUUAAGAGACAGAGGAAGCUCUACAGCAGCACUGGACUGGCUCUAGGAAGCAAAUCAGUUUUAUUACAUUUUUCUUACUCAAUGUGAUUAAUGGAUCAUAUGCUCUGUGAUGAGCAAGGAAAUUCUAAAACGUGGUGUGUGACUAUCGAAUAAAAGUGCCAUGUUCA